CUUCUGUAGCCUUAAUAGCUGGCGUUCACAUUCACGUUGGUGUUUCGCGUCUUGGUGCGACUAGUUUCUCUACUUUCCAAGAAAACAUUCUGAAGAAGCAAGGUCGGUGAAGGUACUAAAGUACUUCACACGCCGAGAAAGACAAAUAGCAUGAACCACUACAACAGCGCCUCGGCAUCCUCGACAGCGACCCCACGCCGAGGACCAUACUCGUCCAGUGAAGACAACCAGGGCAACCUCAAGAAUCUGAACCCAGCAGCAAGAAUUGGCAGCCGGUCAAACCGUGGAGACGGGCAGACUUCACAGACCGGACCGAAAAAGCCUUUGGUACCACUGCCGCCGCGAAAAAAAACUGUUCCUUCAUCUGUACUACUGACGGACGAAGUGGCGACUCUGCCCAAAAAAGCUACGACGAACACCAAUGGGAACGCAACAAAUUUUCCCGGUACUGCACGCACGAAGCACGGCGUUAGAGAUGGUCUGGAGGCAGAGACUGCGACCACCUCAUACACCGACCGCGUAUUUGCGAAUGUUGUGCGUCAUGCUAUUCCAAACUACGCGCGAAGAAAAACGGAGGACAGGCCAAGGAGUAGCUGUAGAUCCCUUGUUCACGACACUGCGGCAGCGCCGACCAAGAGCGCACAGAAUGGGGAGCAGGAUGUCGAGGGCGUCGACGCCUGGUUUUGGCGCUCAGCAGAGACCAUGCAAGCACGAAAUCUGGUUCGGUUCGAGACCGCACAGCUUGUCGAGAAGCAGCAGCAGCGAGAACGAAAUGGCCUGCUGAGCACGCGUGGCAUCGAGAGCACGCAAAGGGAGCGGCGCACGGAACGGGAAAGUAGGAAAAAUGAGGCGUACCGGGCGUACGAAAAGCGCAUGGCAACCGACAUCAUGCAGGAGACUAACAACAGCGUGAGCGUGAAUAAAUCACAGAACAACCUACUAGGCCUCGAACAAAGCUACGUGGUGUCUAAAACCGGUGAGGUGAAAGUCGAGGAGCCGCGCCCACUCCGGGUGCCCUUCCCGACGUCGUCAGCGAGCCUGUGGGUCAACGGCCUCCAAGUGAAGAGCUUUCCGACUCUGCACAUUCAGCUCCAAAACUGCGCCGGGAGUGACUGGAAGGAGGGGCUAGAGUACGACAAAUUUUUCAAGGGGAAAAACGCGGAAGCCGUUUUUUCGGAAGGGUGGUACUCUCGGACUUUGUCCGGUGUCGGCAAAGAGACGAAGGAGUCGUCACCAGCGAAGCUAUGGCUUUCACCCCUGGAGAAAGAUCUCCUUGACACGGUGAAGAUGGUGCUGUUGGUUCACCACAAGGAGCGCGAGCAACUCGCUUCAGCGCAGAUGAUGUCAACUAGCAAUCUUCAACUACAUCUACAAGGAGGAGAAGCUGCUGGUGGCGCUUUAGGACUCGCAGGAGCAGCCGCACACCAACGCGAG